GUCAUGUCAAUGAUGGCUUAUUACGUCAACGUCAAAGUUUUAAGGUUAGGUUAUUGUUGCUAUUGUGAAUUUUUUCUUAAUGAUAAUAAUUAUUAACUCAUAAUCCUCCCGUCUAGUUUUCUGAAAGAAUAACUAGCAAUAUCCUAAAAAUAUGGAUACAGUAGUUAAGAGUUUGCUUGAUGAGGAGCCUGAAGAAGAAAAAAAGGGACUAGUAAUAUUUGGUAGGGAUGUGUCCAAAAUACCAUGCUUCAGAGAAAGUUUUCUGUAUGGCAUUUCAACUGGAAUAGGUGUUGGUUUAGCGGCAUUCAUUAAAACAUCUCGGCCUAUGUUAUCGCAGCACAUAGGUGUGGGAACAUUUUCAAUGACUACUAUGGUGUACUGGUGUUACUGUAGGUACCAAUGGUCUAAACAACGAUUUGAUGCUCAAUUAUUACAAGAUGCAUUGAAAGACAAAAUUCUCUAUGAAGGUACUAUGGUCGAAAAAGAACUUGAACAGAAAGGUGUAUUAAAAUCAGCUUAGGACUGUAACUAAAUAAACCACCAAACUUUGUAAGUAGUUCAAUAAAAAAGAUUUUAAUUUAUGUUGAUGUUGCAAGUAACAUUUUAUUCAUACUGGUUAAAACGUGUUACUUAAAAGUAUAUGUAUAAUAUUAUAUUAUUUUAUCCUGUAUUAUAAUAAAAUAUUUGAAUUGUUAUUGUUACUGUACAAUAAAGCUUGUAAUAGAUUUAGGACAAAAUGUAUUUUUUAUCAAAUAGCUUUUGAACCUAGUUUUCUAGUUAAAUCCAGAUAAGUACUGCCAUGUUUAUGAUUUUUUGUGUAACCAACCAGUACUCAUUAAAAUUAAUAACACUUGUAUUUUUUACUCCCAGUUUUGUAGAUAACUUUGCAUUUUGUUUGAAGCUGUAUAAAUCAUGUUAAUCAGUUGUCUUCAAGAUAACAUAAACUAAACAAGCAGAUAAUGCUUUGUGUAAAUUAUGUACAAGUAUUGAAAUGUAUAUUUAGAUGUUAGUGUAGUUAAUUAAAAUUGUCAUUAUAAUUAAAUGUUUAUUAUUUACGC